AUGAGCUGCUACUUUUGCUAUUUAUUAUCCGAUAUUCUUCGACAGGGGAUGCCGCUGCGGUUGGAUGUGAAAAGAAAACUCUUGGCACGAUCGGAUCGUGUGAAAUGUGUGGACCUACAUCCGACAGAGCCAUGGCUACUUGCUGCUCUCUACAAUGGAAAUGUUCAUAUUUGGAACUAUGAGAACCAGCAGCUAGUAAAGUCGUUUGAGGUGUGUGAUCUGCCCGUACGUGCCGCCAAGUUUAUUCCCCGAAAAAGCUGGGUUGUUACUGGAUCAGACGACAUGCAUGUAAGAGUAUUCAACUACAAUACAUUGGAAAGAGUCCACCAGUUUGAAGCUCACUCCGACUACCUCAGAUCUAUUGUCGUUCAUCCAACGCAGUCUUUUAUAAUCACUUCAAGUGACGAUAUGAUGAUCAAGCUCUGGGACUGGGAUAACAAAUGGCAGAUGAAACAGAGCUUUGAAGGUCAUACUCACUACGUCAUGCAAGUUGCCAUCAAUCCGAAGGAUAACAAUACUUUUGCUACGGCUUCGCUGGACAAGACUGUCAAAGUGUGGCAGUUUGGUAGUCAGCAUCCUAACUUCACAUUAGAAGGACAUGACAAAGGAGUAAAUUGUGUGGACUACUAUCACGGAGGCGAUAAGCCAUACCUGAUCUCUGGUGCGGAUGAUCACCUUGUUAAAAUUUGGGAUUACCAAAACAAAACCUGUGUUCAAACUCUAGACGGUCAUGCUCAAAAUGUUUCGUCAGUUUGCUUCCAUCCAGAGCUUCCUCUCAUCAUCACGGGUAGUGAAGAUUCCACUGUGCGCUUGUGGCACUCAAGUACCUACAGGCUUGAAACUACACUCAAUUACGGCCUAGAACGUGUUUGGUGCAUUCAAGCACAACGCGGCUCUAAUACAGUCGCCAUCGGUUACGACGAAGGUUCUGUAACUUUGAAGCUUGGAAGAGAAGAGCCAGCGGUGAGUAUGGACCAGUCGGGCAAAAUCUUGUGGGCACGACAUUCGGAGAUUCAGCAAGCUAACCUCAAGACACUCGACGUAGAAGCGUCUGAAGCGAUUCAGGAUGGUGAGCGACUCCCUCUUUCUGUCAAGGAUUUGGGAGCCUGUGAAAUAUAUCCACAAACUCUUGCCCAUUCCUCGAAUGGACGUUUUGUGGUUGCGUGUGGUGACGGCGAAUACAUUGUGUACACAGCUAUGGCCCUCCGUAAUAAAGACUUUGGACAGGCUCUCGAAUUUGUUUGGGCGACGGAUCCUAACAUGUUUGCGGUUCGUGAAUCUGCAACGUCGGUGAAGAUCAAGAAGAAUUUCAAGGACUUCAAACAAAUUCGUGUCGAUGUUGUAAUGGAAGGUAUUGAUGGUGGGCCAUUGCUUGCUGCAAGAUCGGCCACCAGUUUAUGUUUCUACGAUUGGGAGACUGCGCAGAUGGUGCGACGAAUAGAAAUCGCUGCGAAACACGUAUAUUGGAGCGAUAACGGAGAAAUGGUUGCUAUCUGCGGUGAUGACUCCUUCUAUGUGCUCAAGUAUAACCCAGAUGCUUUUGUCAAUGCGUCACCCGAAGAGAUCACGGAAGACGGUGUUGAAGAUACAUUUGAAGUUAUUGGAGAGCAAGCAGAAGGUGUAAAAACAGCCUUCUGGAUCGGAGAUUGUUUCGUUUUCACCACAUCACUGAAUAGAUUGAACUAUUAUGUUGGAGGAGAGAUUGUAACAAUUGCUCAUAUGGACAGACCACUUUAUCUGCUUGGAUAUAUGGCAAAGGAAUCUCGUGUAUAUGCAGUUGACAAGGAGUUAAAUGUUGUUUCUUAUAAACUUUUGCUUUGUGUCCUGGAAUACCAAACUGCCGUUAUGAGAAGAGAUUUUGAGACUGCUGACAAGGUGCUGUCCACAAUACCGAAGGAACAACGUACUCGAGUGGCUCAUUUCCUGGAGAAGCAAGGUUUUAAAAGACAAGCUUUAGCUGUUUCACAGGAUCCAGAUCACAGAUUUGACCUUGCACUUGCACUCGGAGACCUCAAAACUGCUUACGAUUUGGCUUUACAAGGGGAUAGUGAAGAAAAGUGGAAAAUGCUCAGCCAGGCUGCGACAUUGAAAUCUGAACUGAUGUUAGCUGGAGAAUGUCUCGGACGUGCACGAGAUUACGGAGGUUUGCUGCUUCUGGCCACAUGUGCUGGUUCAGCUCCUCUUCUACACAAACUCGCCGCUGAUUCUGCUACCAACGGGCAUCACAAUGUACAUUUUACAACAAGUCUUUUGUUAGGAGAUGUUGACGCAUGCAUUGAAUCACUAAUCGCAACUGAUCGCAUACCAGAAGCAGCGUUCUUUGCUCGCACCCACUGCCCUUCUCAACUGCAAAGGAUUAUGGGUUUGUGGAAGGAGAAGGCAAAUCGUGUGCAAAAGAAUACAACAAGAAAAAUUGGCGAAUCUCUAGCGGAUCCUGGUCGCUAUGAGAAUUUGUUCCCGGAAUGGGCAACAUCGCAGAGAGCCGAGUCCUACCUGCGCGAACUAUCAAAACUUGCUGUUCCGGCUUCUGUCCGUGCUCCGACAAAUGUACAACGAAAUGUCACAGAAGAACUAGAAACUGCAAUGAGUACUGGCGCUGUUACGUUUGAUGAAUCAGGACAUGCUCAUCUACGUGGAGCUCCUCGGAAAACAACUCCUUCUAUGAACUCAACUGAGCCCAAACUAAGUCCCACUCCAGCUGUCGCGGUAGCUGCAGGAGCAGCAGCUCCUGUACUCGCAGAAAUUGCACGCGAACGCACGCCUUCUCCCCCUCGUAUGAAGCCAACGCCGGAACCGGAACAAGAAAAUGAAAAUGGGAGACAGCUUUCUGACGAUGAUAGUGAUGGGCUUUCUCGAGAAGCAAUAGCUGGUGCUGCUGCAUCUACUGAACCAGAUGUGGUAAGCGAACGACCUCGACCUGAUGUUGUACCGCGCCAUGGUGGACCAGAUUUACUUACAUCUGCUGCUCCACAGCGACCACCACAGCCUGAGGUGGUUGUGGAUGCUGGAGAGGUACGGUGGUCAGAUGAUGAUUUUGGAGAUGUUGAAGAUGGUGGUAAUGACAUCAAUCUUGAUGAUCUGAAUUUGGACGACGAGGACUGA